AUGAGGUUGCUACACAAAGCAAAGAUCAAGAUCAUGGAAUUUCAUGUUUUCUUGAUGGAUCCUUGGUGGAAUCCAGCCGUGGAGCAACAAGCCCAAGAUAGAAUCCAUCGAAUAGGGCAAUAUAAACCAAUCAAGAUGGUGAGAUUUGUUAUAGAGAACACAGUUGAGGAAAGAAUUCUGAAGUUGCAAGAGAAGAAGCUACUGGUGUUUGAAGGGACCGUGGGUGGCUCUUCGGAUGCUAUGGGAAAAUUAACAGAGAAAGACUUGACUUUCCUAUUUGGCUUCUAAGCAGCAGGAUUGUACUUUUUGUUCAACAAAGAAAGCAAGGAAAUCGGAUGUGAUAAUGAGCAAUGGUUUUCGCGUAGCUAAUUGCUUGUUGCUUUCAAGCCCCUACCUCCCUCACAAUCAACACUCUCGUGAGGCAUCAUAUCCGAUGUGCACAACCCCUGAAGUAGUUGCUUCCUUGGUUUGGUUUUUUGGACCAAUCUUUUGUACAUGCUGUUUGUAGAACAUUUUUUCAUGUUAACAAGACUUUUUGAACGUCAAAAGAAAGAUAAAAUGACAGCAGCUUCUAGGAAAUUAUCGGAUGCUGCUGCAUCACUGCCAUUGCCACCAGGAUUGUCAUUGAUCUUAAUUCAAACCCAUUUUAAAGACUCUAUUAUUAAUAUCCGAC